AAGGCUGUGAUGAGGGAAGCAGUGUUAUUUACUAUGUUUGUUGGUGUUUUGCAGAGUGCAGCCGCCGCUCCCAGCCCGGUGCUGGGGAACAUUCCCCCCAACGACGGGAUCCCUGGAGGUCCUAUUCCCCCCGGCUUCUUCCAGGGUCCCCCAGGGUCUCAGCCCUCGCCUCACGCACAGCCUCCUCACAACCCUAACAACAUGAUGGGACCCCACAGUCAGACUUUCAUGUCACCGCGAUACGCUGGAGGCCCAAGGCCAGCCAUCAGGAUGGGAAGCCAGCCUCCGGGUGCUGUUCCCGGAGCCCAGCAGCUACUCACCAACGCGAUGGACCCCACACGACAGCAAGGGCACCCAGGUAUGGGGGGGCCAAUGCAGCGAAUGAGUGCUCCCCCACGGGGAAUGGGGCCGAUGGGACCACAGUCUGACCCUUGGUUAUCGUUGCAGAGCUACACUGGUUCAAUGAGGCCUCCGCCCAACUCCAUCGGCCCCGGCAUGCCUGGGAUGAGCAUGGGCCCCGGAGCAGGCCGGCAAUGGCCCAACCAUUCCAACGCUAACUCAAUUCCAUAUUCGUCGUCUUCACCUGGUUCAUACGGGGGCCCUGCAGGUGGAGGAGGACCCCCAGGAACGCCCAUCAUGCCAAGUCCAGCAGAUUCAACGAACUCCAGCGAGACCAUGUACACGAUGAUUAACCCUGCGCCUCCUGGCGGCAGCCGCUCAAAUUUCCCGCUGGGACCUGGCUCCGAUGGUCCGAUGGGGGGAAUGGGAGGAAUUGAAGCGCAUCACAUGAAUGGAUCAUUAGGGUCGGGAGAUAUGGACGGGAUCCCGAAGAACUCUCCAAACAACAUGAGCAACAUUAGUAACGCACCCGGGACCCCGCGGGGGGACGGGGAGCUGGGGGGCAGCUUCCUGCAUUCUUUCCAGAACGACAAUUACUCUCCCAGCAUGACGAUGAGCGUGUGAUUUUUCCCCUCCCCAGGACCAGAGCGAGCCGGCUGCCAUUUGGAAGAUUAAGGAGCGAAUACAGGAAGCGGCCAAGCGCGUUGACGAGGAACUGGGGGCAAAUCCCCAAUUUUAAUUUCAUGCACAAAGCAAAAAGGCCGAACUUUUAUUCCAUAAACAUGAAGGACAAAAUGAUUUGAGACGUACGUGGAGCCCUUUCCCGGAGGGAGUGUGCGUGCGUAUGUGUGCGUGUGUGUGUGGACACAUUGUCUCUUUGAGGAGAUGAUGGAUACUGACCUCGCUUCAUCCUCUGAACCCUUGGAACUGAGCUGAAGAUGCUACUUGCUGGAAGAUCCAACCUUGUGCUAUUAUCGCCAUUUAAUCUGGGAUAUUUACACCUCGGUGUUACUUUUCAAGCCUUUUUUUUGUGUUAGUACCAAUUUCUCCCCCUUCCCCUGUUGCUUCUUUGAGACUUUUUCCCCAUCUAUCAUUCCCUGAGGGCUCGGCACUGAUGGGCCAAUCUCCGGCCUGAAGACUCCAUACCUACCCUCUCCCUUCUUNCCCCCCCACACACGCACCUUGGACCUAGAGUGGCUGCAUUUCCUCUGUAUCUAACGUCCAUCGCGGCUCGCUCCCAACAGCCGGCCGGCCUCGGCCCUCGUUACAAAAAACAGGCAGCUUCCGAUCUGCAGAGCAGCAGCGGUGCAGUGGCACUGCCUAGUGGCAGGUCUGGGUCUCUGUACAGUACAUACACUACCUGCAAAGACUGUCUUUGUUUGAGCGCACCUCUGUACAAUGUGUCCAGUUAUUGUAAAAUAUUGCCUUGUGCUGAUUCUCAAACACAUUGCAGCCGUUCUGUGUUUCUUACCUGUAGUCUGGUUACAAAUGAGAAACUCCUACACUGUACUUUUGUCUUCAAUAUUUGUUUGUUUUGUUCAGGGAUGUUUUUCUGACCCUGGACCGUAUCCGGAACGUCAACUGUGUUUUUCUUGUACUGACUGCAGAUUCUGGGAUAUUAUACUUUUGGGUUGGGGGGAGGGUGGGGGUGGGGAACAGGUUGGGGUCAAUAGAAGGACCAUUCUAAACAGAUUGUGUUUUAGAUGUGUUUAAAAUAAUUUUUAACUGUUCAGCUGUGAAGUGGCUGAAAGGGUUACAGGAAUCGCCCAUCUGCAGUUGCGGUGAAAGCAGCCGGUGUCAUUUUGCUGCUGAAUUUGGUCUCCAGGAAACAUGGAUUUUAAAAAAAAAGAGAAUCUGGCGGAUGUGAUUUUAAAAUUCGCUGAAUUAUUGUCUUCAUCGGGGAUAGUUUUGAAUGAAACGGUUCUUUUCUCCCAACGCUGUAAUAAAUGUAAACACAAAACACA